GGCUGAAGAGGGGUAGGCGGCUGUUUGUAUGGCAGGAGGUUUUUACAGGUAGGGGUGGGGUGAAUGUGACGUCACGCGGUUUGAUUUCCAGCAGAGAACGAGGAAAGUUACCUGGGGGGAUCCUGUAGCCUGAGUGAGUUUCCUUAUUGCGGAAGAAUCAGCCUGGAAACAAGAUGCUGCAGACCUUUUAUGACUAUUUCUGGUGGCACAGACUAUGGCUGCCCGUAAACCUUACCUGGGCCGACCUUGAGGAUAAGGAGGGGCGAGUUUAUGCCAAAGCGUCGGACCUCUAUGUCACAAUACCCCUAGCCUUUGUGUUCCUCAUCAUAAGAUAUGUAUUUGAAAUUUCUGCAGCUGGUCCACUUGCACAUCUCCUUGGUGUAAAAGAUAAAGUGCGGCUCAAGGCAGCACCCAGUCCUGUGCUUGAAAAAUUCUACUCCUGCUCGACGAAGCUCCCCAGACAGAUUGAUCUGGAGAACCUCUCGAAGGCAAGCAGACUUACUGUGCGCCAGGUGGAGAGAUGGUUCAGGCGAAGGAGGAAUCAGGACAGGCCGAGUUUGCAGAAGAAGUUCCGGGAAGCGAGUUGGAGAUUCACCUUUUAUCUUAUUGCUUUCAUUGCUGGCAUUGCCGUCCUUAUAGACAAACCAUGGUUUUAUGAUGUCAGCGAAGUCUGGAAUGGGUUCCCAAAACAGACAAUGCUGCCGUCCCAGUACUGGUACUACAUGAUAGAACUGGGCUUCUACUGGUCCCUUCUGUUCAGAGUGGCAUUUGAUGUCAAGCGGAAGGACUUUAAAGAGCAGAUCAUCCAUCACGUGGCCACCAUCAUCCUCAUCAGCUUCUCAUGGUGUGCCAACUACAUCCGGGUGGGCACCCUGGUCAUGGUGUUGCACGAUGCCUCCGACUACUUCCUAGAGUCGGCCAAGAUGUUUAACUACGCAGGAUGGAAAGAGACGGGCAAUGCUAUCUUCAUUGUCUUUGCACUGGUGUUUAUAAUCACCCGAAUCAUUCUACUCCCUUUCUGGAUCCUGCACUGCACUUGGGUCUACCCCGUGGAGAUCUAUCCACCUUUCUUUGGCUAUUACUUCUUCAAUGUGAUGCUCUGGGUACUCCAGUGUUUGCAUCUCUUCUGGGCUUAUCUCAUUCUUGGAAUGGCCCACAAAUUUAUCACCGGAAAGCUUGAGCAAGAUGACCGAAGUGACCAUGACGAGACAGACCUUCCAGAUGAAGAUGAGGAAGACGAAUCCACCAAGAACGGAACUAUUUCCAAUGGCCAUUCCGUGCAGAACAACAACCACCACCAUAAAGCCGACUGACCACGGAAUAGGAAUGAAUCCUCUUCCUCCACAUUUAAAUUCCUGGAGAAACCAAUGAAGAAUGGGAAACACAUUGAAAGAAUCAACACUACUGUAAUUCAUGGCCAUACUCUUCUGAAUCGAUGCCAAGUGACUUCCCACACACUAGUUGUAUAUAUGUUAAACCGUCUUCACUGAGCGUGGGAAGGGUGAAGCCAAGUGUUUCUGUGUAAGGACAGUUUGAAAAUAUAUUGUGUAGGCGGCAGACUGAGUGGCCUUUCCAUAUUGACUUAAAAAGCUCUAUUCGUUCCUGCUGCUUUAUCAUUUGUUGGAGGGAUGGUUAGAUGGAUGCCAAAAUCAUUCCCCCUUUUUUCACCCAAAUAGCAUAUCAUUCUUAAAGAAAAAUCAGUGAAGCAUCUUCCAGCUCUUAAUUGUGGUUGUCUCUGAGCCUUCCAUUCCAGCGAUGACCCAAAUGUGAAAGUUCACACAGGAACCAACACAUUUAGAGUCUGGUGACCUGGAAAAAAUGUUGUCUUUCUUUCAUCUAUCAGGAAGCACUGAUAAGCUUUGACGUCCACCUCUUCUUAAGAAGGUAGAUUGAGCGAAGGUACUUGGGCCUGGACACCCUCUCAAUGUGGAACCAUAACCUUGUCUCAACAAAGGUUCUUGGGUAUGGACACCCUCUCCUUAAUCUCAGUGAUGGUUCUUGGGUAUGGACACCCUCUCCUUAAUCUCAGUGAUGGUUCUUGGGUAUGGACACCUUCUCCUUAAUUUCAGUGAUGGUUCUUUGUAUGGACACCCUCUCCUUAAUCUCAGUGAUGGUUCUUUGCUAUGGACACCCUCGCCUUAAUUUUAGUGAUGGUUCUUGGGUAUGGACACCUUCUCCUUAAUCUCAGUGAUGGUUCUUUGGGUAUGGACACCUUCUCCUUAAUCUCAGUGAUGGUUCUUGGGUAUGGACACCUUCUCCUUAAUCUCAGUGAUGGCUUUUUGGUAUGGACACCCUCGCCUUAAUCGCAGUGAUGGUUUUUUGCAUGGUCAGCCUCUUCUUUUGGAAACAUCAGCUUGAUCUCUGACGGUUCUACUGUAUGAAAACGUUCUACUUGUAAAAACCAAAAUCUUGAUCUCAGUGAUAAUUCUUGAGUAUGGUCAACCUCUCUUGAUGGAAUCAUAAUAAUCUAGAUCUCUGUGAUGGUUUUGUUUCUGGUAUGGCCAGCCUCUCCUUUUGAAAUCAUAAUCCAUAUCUCUGACAGUUCUUGGAUAUGGACAACAUCUCAUUGUGGAACCAUAGCCAUGAUCUCAUUGAUGGUUCUUUUGUAUGAACACCUUCUACUUGUAAAAAAAAAAAAAUCUUGAUCUCAGUGAUGGUUCUAAGGUAUGAUCAACCUCUCCUUGUGGAAUAAUAAACUUCAUCUCUGUGA